AUGCAAAAGGUAAGGAGCGCCAAAGGAUGUGCUGCUAAAACAGAAGGUGCUGUGAGGGGAGGUGCUGAGAUGGGAGGUGCUGAGAUGGUGAGUGCUGUGAGGGGAGGUGCGGAGAUGCUGAGUGCUGUGAGGGGAGGUGCUGAGAUGGUGAGUGCAGUGAGGGGAAGUGCUGAGAUGGUGAGUUCUGUGAGGGGAGGUGCUGAGAUGGUUAGUGAUGUGAGGGGAGGUGCAGAGAUGGUGAGUGAUGUGAGGGGAGGUGCAGAGAUGGUGAGUGAUGUGAGGGGAGGUGCUGGGAGCCGGGCACUUCGGGCUAGGGGGCAAGGAAUGUUUGCCGACAGUUCAUAG